CGGGCUUUUUCUGGCUCCGCCCUCACGUCACACUGUGAAGAUGGCUGGCAGGUUGUAGCGGCUCAGCGGUUGUCGUCUCCGCGACUCGUCUCUCAGCGGCAGGAUGCCGUCCCCUAAAGCGCGAGGUAAUGGCAGCCGCCACGAGUUCAUGUCCCUCAGCAGGACCAAUUCGCCGCAGCAGCUCCAGCGACAAGGUUCAGACCCGACCUCAGCCCGCAUGCGAGCCUCCGAAAGCCCGACUCGGCAGCGAGGCUCCGGCUCCGGCUCCUUGACUUCCGGGCAGACGAUGCCGGAGGAGGACUGCAUUCGCCUGAACCCGUCGUUCGUGGGGAUCGCCCUGAGCUCCCUCCUGGCCGUCGACCUGUGGCUGUCCAAGCGGCUUGGCGUGUGCGCCUGGGAGGACUCGUCUUGGGGCAGCAUUCGGCCGCUCAUGAAGCUGAUCGAGGUGUCCGGCCACGGCAUCCCGUGGAUCGCGGGCACGGUGUACUGCCUGUGGAAGAGCGACAGCGCGGCGGCGCAGGAGGUGCUGCUCAACCUGCUGCUGGCUCUGCUCCUUGACAUCCUCCUGGUUGGCAUCGUGAAGGCCCUGGUGCGACGGCGCCGGCCAGCCCACAAUCGGAUGGACAUGUUCGCCACUUUCUCCGUGGACCGCUAUUCCUUUCCCUCUGGACAUGCCACACGGGCUGCCAUGGGGGCCCGAUUUCUGUUGACACAUUUGGUGUUGGCGGCACCUGUGCGAGUGCUGAUCCUCCUGUGGGCUGCGAUGGUCGGGCUAUCGCGGGUCAUGCUGGGAAGGCAUAAUGUCACCGAUGUGGCCUUUGGCUUUCUAAUGGGGUACAUGCAGUAUGGUUUGGUUGAAGCUCUGUGGGUGUCACCUGCCAGUCUGCGGGGCAUCCUGGGCUGAUGGGAUAACAAACUGUUGUGGAAGGACAUUGGUCAGUUGGGGGUGGGGGUGGGGGUUGAUGCCACAUUGGGGGAGCUCAGGACCGGCCCCCCUGGAUCUGACAAGGUGACUGCAAAAGAGAAACACCUUUGGAGUGACCUCUGAUAUCCUGGGGCAUACUGGGCAGAGUGUGCCAGGGGAAGCUCUUGUCACUUGAGCCUCCCUUGUGGCUUUGUCACUUUGAUUGGGGUUAUUGCUUCCUGCAGGAUGGGAGGAUAUUAAAAAAAACAAAAUGAAACAAA